UUAGGGAUGGGCGACUUUGAUGGGGUCGGGGGGGCACAAGAACCUCGAGGGGCCGCACACAUCCCACAUCAUUACACCCCCCCCCCCCCCCAUCUUGACAGCAGAACAUUUUAGCCCCUCACGAGACAGUGAAGAUAGGUUCACUUUUAGCUUUCAUUCCUACACAUUCUACUAUAGAACAUUCUGCUAUGGAACAUUCUGCUAUAGAACAUUCUGCUAUAGAACAUUCUGCUAUAGAGUAUUCUGCUAUAGAACAUUCUGCUAUAGAACAUCCUGCUAUAGAACAUUCUGCUAUAGAACAUUCUGCUGUAGAGUAUCCUGCUAUAGAGUAUCCUGCUAUAGAGUAUCCUGCUAUAGAGUAUUCUGCUAUAGAGUAUUCUGCUAUAGAGUAUUCUGCUAUAGAGUAUCCUGCUAUAGAGUAUCCUGCUAUAGAGUAUUCUGCUAUAGAGUAUCCUGCUAUAGAACAUUCUGCUAUAGAGUAUCCUGCUAUAGAGUAUCCUGCUAUAGAGUAUUCUGCUAUAGAGUAUUCUGCUAUAGAGUAUUCUGCUAUAGAACAUUCUGCUAUAGAACAUUCUGCUAUAGAACAUUCUGCUAUAGAACAUUCUGCUGUAGAACAUUCUGCUGUAGAACGUUCUGCUGUAGAACGUUCUGCUGUAGAGCGUUCUGCCGUAGAGCGUCCUGCCGUAGAGCGUCCUGCCGUAGAGCGUCCUGCCGUAGAGCGUCCUGCCGUAGAGCGUCCUGCCGUAGAGCGUCCUGCCGUAGAGCGUCCUGCCGUAGAGCGUCCUGCCGUAGAGCGUCCUGCCGUAGAGCGUCCUGCCGUAGAGCGUCCUGCCGUAGAGCGUCCUGCCGUAGAGCGUCCUGCCGUAGAGCGUCCUGCCGUAGAGCGUCCUGCCGUAGAGCGUCCUGCCGUAGAGCGUCCUGCCGUAGAGCGUCCUGCCGUAGAGCGUCCUGCCGUAGAGCGUCCUGCCGUAGAGCGUCCUGCCGUAGAGCGUCCUGCCGUAGAGCGUCCUGCCGUAGAGUAUCUGCUAUUAGUAACUAGUGGUCUGUAACAGGUGUAACUAGCGGUCUGUGACAGGUGUAACUAGCGGUCUGUGACAGGUGUAACUAGCGGUCUGUGACAGGUGUAACUAGCGGUCUGUGACAGGUGUAACUAGCGGUCUGUGACAGGUGUAACUAGUGGUCUGUAACUAGUGGUCUGUGACAGGUGUAACUAGUGGUCUGUAACUAGUGGUCUGUGACAGGUGUAACUAGUGGUCUGUGACAGGUGUAACUAGUGGUCUGUAACUAGUGGUCUGUGACAGGUGUAACUAGUGGUCUGUGACAGGUGUAACUAGUGGUCUGUAACUAGUUGUCUGUGACAGGUGUAACUAGCGGUCUGUGACAGGUGUAACUAGCGGUCUGUGACAGGUGUAACUAGCGGUCUGUGACAGGUGUAACUAGCGGUCUGUGACAGGUGUAACUAGCGGUCUGUGACAGGUGUAACUAGCGGUCUGUGACAGGUGUAACUAGCGGUCUGUGACAGGUGUAACUAGCGGUCUGUGACAGGUGUAACUAGCGGUCUGUGACAGGUGUAACUAGCG